UCAGUGAGUCUCGAGCGUCCGUCACCCGGUCAGCACGCGCUCCGGUCCUCGGUCGUCGAGUCCGGGUCCAGUUCGGUUUUCUUCGUCCGGACCUUGAACGCACCACCGGUUCUCCGCUCCCUGGGUUCGUGUUUGCGUUUUUUUUUUUUUUUUUUUGCGCCGGUUCGCGUGUUUUUCGGUGUUUUUCGGUGUUUUUCGGACUGUCCGCUGCUGCUCUGAAGGAGGCGGAUGGAGAAAAUGUCCCGACUGUCGGUGCCGCUGAACCCGGGCUUCCUGCCGCCGGCGACGCACGGAGUCCUGAAGAGUCUGCUGGAGAACCCCCUGAAACUGCCCCUGCACCAUGAAGUGUUCUCUAAGGAGCAGGAGAAGGAGAAGGCCCUGGAGGAGGAGCGCUCCGCCCCCCAGUCCGCCUUCCUGGGCCCCACCCUCUGGGACAAAACCCUGCCCUACGAUGGCGACACCUUCCACGUCCUGGAGUACAUGGACCUGGAGGAGUUCCUGUCGGAGAACGGCAUCCCGUCCAGCCCCUCCCACCACCACCAAGCCCCGCCCCGCCAGCCGCCCAUCAUGCCCCAGGCCCCGCCCACACCCAGUCCUACAGUGAUGGACCUCAGUAACCACGCCUCCACGUCCGUCCACAGCAACGCCGUGUCUCCCAACUGUCUGCGAGGCAGCCCGGGCCGAGCAGGACACCCCAGCUCCAGAAACACUCCAAGCCCCAUCGAUCCAGACUCCAUCCAGGUACCGGUGGGCUACGACCCGGACCCGGCGGACCUGGCCCUGUCCAGCGUCCCGGGUCAAGAGAUGUUCGACCCACGGAAACGGAAGUUCUCCGCUGAGGAGCUGAAACCGCAACCGAUGAUCAAGAAGGCCCGAAAAGUCUUCAUCCCAGAGGAUCUGAAGCAGGAUGACAAAUACUGGGCCCGACGCAGGAAGAACAACAUGGCGGCCAAGCGUUCGCGUGACGCCCGGCGGCUGAAGGAGAACCAGAUUGCCAUCCGAGCCGGCUUCCUGGAGAAGGAGAACUCGGCUUUGAGGCAGGAAGUGGCCGAGCUGAGGAAAGAGCUGGGACGAACCAAGAACAUCCUGGCCAAGUACGAGGCUCAGCACGGACCGCUGUGACCGCCCACGCCAGGCCACGCCCACACCUACACACAACAACGUCCACACACAGCAGGCGCACGGUUCAGGACACGCCCACUUUGAAUCCGACACCCAAACUGCCUUCAGGUUCAUUUUAGCGCCUGGGUUCUAAAUUCAAACCUCCGUAAACCACAGAUUAUUUAACAGACGCAAAGUUAAAACUGUUUUUUUCCGACUUUUUGUCUUAAAUAUGACGUUAAAGGCCUUGAAUGACGCGCAAAUAUAUGAACGGAAUAUCAUCAAAUCCACAUUAAUGCUGCUGAUCAUCUGCAGAUGGAGUUUGUCACAUUCUCAUAAAUGCUCAUAAUCUGAAAAUGCAUCUCCAGAUGAAAUUCUAAAAGAUGUUUGUUUUCCCGUCGUGUUUCGGACUCAGAUGAAAUGAAAAACUCUUUAAACUUAUUAAACCAAAGCAAAAAAAAGGUCUAAAUAUCCGACAUUUUGUGCUGAAUUUGACAAACUCUCAGGUAUUUUCAGCAGGAAGUCGUCUCCUGAUGAUGUUUUGGGGGGGUUUUUGCACCAGUUUCCAUGGCAGCGGUUGCCGAGCAGCAGCAGUAGAAAUAGACAGAUGAUGAUGAUGAGGAGGAGGAGGCGGAGCUGCUGAUUGCGAACCGUCGCCUGCUGUGAGUUGACGACAGCGUUUAACACGAACAGACAAAUCCCACAAACCUGAGUCCCGAGUGCGUCUCCUCCCCGACCUCUGACCUCCGACCUCUGACCCCUCCCAGUGUUUGGUGUCAGAACUGCAGGACUGCUGACCCCUCCCACCUCAACUCACCUGACCUGACAGACUCCGCCCCCUGCAGGUGAACGUUUGCAGACGAUGAUGUUAGUGAAUGAACCGACGUGUGCUCUGCUUUACACGAAAAACACACAAGGAUAACACGAGAAACACACGUGCAACUGUCAAAUGUGGAUUUAUGACAUGUUUGUGGUGUCGUGUACGUAAUUCACAUGUAAAACUACUGAGUACAUGUGACACGAGAGGAAAUACAUGUGGAACUAUUCAUAUCACAUGUGAAACCAUUGGAAUUACACAUGAAACCAUUGGAAUUAUAGGUGAAACCAUUGGUAAUACAUGCAAAAGUAUUGGUAAUGCAUGUGAAACUGUUGGUAAUACAUGUGAAACCAUUGGAAUUACACAUGAAAACAUUAGUUUUACAUGUGAAACACCCAGUAUUACAUGUGAAUGUUAUGUAAAACAUGACUCGACAUGGCCACGGACCACAUUACACCAUGAAAAGUUCCAAAACCACAAUGUGACUGAAACAUUUGGCUAAAACACAUACUGACCUGCAAAAACAUGUGAACUUGAUGUGUUUUUCCGUUAAGGGCUGCUCUCCUAUUGGUCAGUUCCGUCUGUAGUUUGACUUCAGUAGAACCAUUUUUUUUAGGAAAGUGAAAAAAAAAACAAAACAUAAAAAGUAAAUGUUAAGUACAACCUGAAUGCCAAAAAUGUUCACUGCUUCUCCCAAAAUGUUUUAUUUUUUUAUCCUGAAAACCCAAAAACUGUCCCAGGUUUAAUUUUCCAGUCAUUUAUUUAUUUUUUAUAGUGUUGUAGGGCUGCUUUUCUACAAAAUGUAGUUAAAUAAAUAGACAAAUAUUUACCAGUAAGGCAGAAAAAACAGAUUUCUUGUCGUGAAUAUGACAUGAAAAGCCUUUAACCAUGUUUAUUUAUUCAAGGAUAAAGUAGAAUCGUUCUAUAAAAAACAAAUUAAAUGCCAAAAAGACAUCUUAGUUUUAUAGAAUUUAUGCUGUGGGCCAAAUCGAAAUAUUAAAAUUAAAAUUAAAAAUGUACCUGAAGGGUUAAAAAACAAACAAUCAAUGCUGAGGCAAUGAAUAUUAAUAAAAAAACAACCAAAAAACACUCAAAUACUUGUGUGUUUUUAGUCCCUCUGACUCUGGAGUUCAGUGAGUUUGACAAUAAAAGCUUUAAAUGUAUUUUACAAUCACAGAGUAAAAGGUGUUUUAUAUGAUUUAACAGAAACCGUCACCCACAUUCAUCUGCAUCAGGUCAAAACAUACGAAAACAUGCAUUUAAACAAAGGAAAGAAAGCCUUGUUUUUGGGAAAGAUGUCAUACUUUUCAACAACAGUGUUAAAAUAAAUAAAAAAAAACUGAUAGAACCAGACUAAACAAUGGAAAAACCAACAGAAAGAUACUGAAACCAGUUUAAAGUUAAUCAAAUCAAACUGAAAAAUGGUAAAUCCAGACUAAGAGUUGCCUAAACUUGUCUUAAAGAUGGUAAAACACGACUGAAUUCUAAGACAAUAAAACCAGUGUUAAAGUAGAUGAAACCAGACUAAAAGAUGACUAAAAUGGACUCAUGGAUGGUAAAACCAGUGUUAAAAAUCGAUAAAAGCAAAUUAUGAAAUAGUUAAACCAGACUGAAUGAUGGUAAAACUGGUCUAAAAGAUGGUUAAACCAGAC